AUGUUCCGACAACACCACCACCAUCACAUCUUGGUCCCCGCGUCCAUCGCCCUGGAUCCCUACAACCCGUUUAACAGCCCACACAGCGCCAGCAGCGUUGACCCGGAAGUAAUGUAUUAUCAGGACCAUUCUCAGCACGUUGGUCUUCCAUUUCCUCAGGCCCACCAGGCCCCGCUCGUCCUCGCAGACUAUCAGCACAACCCGCUCGACGACACUCCAUCGUCCAUGGAUGAUCAUGUCUCUCCAGCAAUCCACAACGAGAAUGGAAAACGUGUAUCCUACUCCACUCCUGCUGGCCCCAGUCGCAAGCGCGUUCGCAAAGAGUCCGAUCUCGACGGCGACGGCUCUGCAGGUGCAAACAGUCCCCAGGACGUGUUCGAUCCAAAAGAGGGCAAGCCAAAGGCGACCAGAGGUGCACGGAAACACGAGCAGUUGACGAAAUCGCUGCGGAAAAUGGAACGUACACUCGACACAGUACUGCGUUCGAUAUCAAACCCCGCUCUCACCAGUCUCGCUGGCGGUAUGGUCUCUCAGUCGCCUUCACCACCACCAGAUGGUGGUUCCAGUGCGCCAGAUGUGGCGGCAAGUCCAGAUAGACCAGAUUUUCAUCAGGAUGGUGGCAUGCAACCUAUACCAAAUCCAGCAACUUAUGGCGCAGCGGUGGCACCUGUCGGUGGAUCUCCUCGCCUCCAUUCACUUCCAGAUAAUGUUUUGAACCCUCUCGGUCUGCUUGCCGAGGCGUCGUCGUCUCUACGGCGCGGAAAACCCGGCUCUGCAAACUCUCCCGCUUCUGCCGGCCCACAAAAGGGCCAAAUGUCUGCCUCUGCGCUCGACAAUCCAAAGGUUGGCGUUGCCAACCUUGGUGUAUAUUUCAAACCUGGCCCAAUGACGAUUCUUCCCCUGCGUCAGCUAAUUAUCGAGCAUCAGGUCCAGCCUGAAAUGCUUUCCUUUGUUUCACCUGAUGUUGUUGUUGAAUUAUUCAGAAUUUACUUUGAACAUAUGAAUCCUCACAAUAGCUUGUUGGAUGUCAAUUUCCACACGCCAGCCCUCAUCUGCGCACGAUCUCCAUUCUUAUUGACAACAAUCUGUGCCAUUAGUUCAAAGUUCUACACUGCCGAUGAGGAACUGCACCCAAAAUUAACCAAGCUGGUAAACAAGCUCGCCUGGUCCGUUCCGGAGCGUGGCUACAAGAGUGUCGAGAUUGUUCAAGCAUACCUCCUUCUCUCUCUCUGGGGUAGCCCCGUCGAGCGCUAUGAGCACGAUAGGACCUGGAUGCUGCUCGGGAUGGCUAUCCGAAUGGCGACCGACCUCAACCUGCACCGCAAGAAUACCCGCAUCAAGACGGAUACCCCAGAGGGACGCGCUCGCGAAGUUGAGAUCCGAAAUAGGGAGCGUACCUGGCUCCUAUGCUUUGUCCUCGAUCGAAGUUUCAGUGCCCAGAUGGGCAAACCUAAUGUGAUAAAAGAAGACUAUAUUAUUCGUGACGCCUCCCAAUGGUGCCGUCAACCAGACGCACUUCCCCAAGACGUCGGCCUUGUCGCAUACGUUGAACUGCAACGUGUUGUAUCUCGUGGUCUCGAUCUGCUAUAUUCUGGGACGGCCACCCUCUCAGGCUUGCAGACGACGUGCGACUAUCUGCAAAUCAUUCGUGCUAUCGAAUCCCAAAUCGAGGCAUUGCAUAAUCAAUGGUACCCAUCAAUUCAAAAGGCAGAUACCCACACCGCGUACCGACUGGGUAUCGCUAGAUUUUAUUGGCAUUACGCAACCCUCGUGCUCAAUUCUUUUGGACUUCAAAAUGCCCUUGAGCGAUCCUCGGUCGACAUUGGUUAUUUCUUUGGUCGAUGCUACACCUCGGCCACUGCGUGCUGUUACAUUAUGAAGGAUGAGCUCGCACCCGCCGGUUUCUUGCGGUACUGUACCGACUCGCAUUUUGUGCUCACAUCCUACGCCGUUUUGAGCCUGUUGAAGCUCGUUCGACCCGAAUUUCGUAGCUAUAUGGAUAACGAAUCCAAGAUUCUGACCCUCGUUGGAGAAAUGGCCGACACUCUUCAAACCGUUGCAGUCAACAAGUACCAUACGCCUUAUUUGUAUAGCGUGUUUCUUCGCGCACUCCUUGCAUCCAAAGUUGAAGGCAGUCAACCCAACUCUCCACGACCUAUGGCAACACCGGGUCCCGUCAUUUCCGCUAACGACCCCGCGAUGCAGACCUCCGGAAUGCAUUUCGCUCCCGGCCCAGAGUCACCCACACGCAAUGGGUUUUCCAAUAGUGGCGAUCUCUUUGGGCUCGACAUGUAUCGCUCACUUGGCGAAAACUAUGGAGACACUUCCAAUUUUGUCAAUCCAUUCGACAUGUCGACUGCCCAACCCAUGAACAUGGACAUUUCAUCUGCGUAUAACGCAUCUGUUCCUGCACCUAGCGCGGAUCCGUAUGCACCAAUGUCGCUCGACUCAUUGCUCAGCUCUGGAUUCUGGGAUUCGAUGCUCGUUCCUGGUUUCUCGAAUACCCUAGAAGGAAUGAGUGGCGGGUUUAUCUAUGGGCCCGGAGGCAGUGGGUUUAUCUCGCGGUGGCAUUCGCCCGCCAGUUCUCGCCGUCAGACACCAAAGGCGGACAACCGGUCGUUGCCUGGAAUGACACCGCUCGAGGUCAGCUAG